AACCCGCCCAUCGCUGUCAACUCAUUCCCGAACUCCGAUUUCCUCAUCAGAUGCGCUUCCAUGUCCGACAUGGCCACGGACCCUCCGCCACCUCCCCGCAACCCAUCUCCGCCGCCGGAGAUUAUAUCCAUAACCGCCGAUAAGCCGAUUCAGAUCCGCUCCGUUUGGGCCAAGAACCUCGACUCCGAAUUCGACUUGAUCCGCAAGCUCAUCGACGAUUACCCCUUUGUCUCCAUGGAUACCGAGUUUCCCGGCGUGGUUUUCCGGCGCGACCUCCGUUCCCGAGACCCCGAUGAGCAUUACCGGACCCUCAAGUCCAAUGUGGACGCGCUUAAGCUCAUCCAGGUGGGGAUCACUCUCACUGAUGCUUCCGGCAACCUUCCGGAUCUCUCCUCACCCUUCCGCUACAUCUGGGAGUUUAACUUCUGUGAUUUUGAUGUAGGGCGGGACGAUCACGCACCUGGAUCUGUCGAGCUCCUCCGUCAGCAGGGGAUAGAUUUCCACAAGACUCAGUCUUUAGGUGCCGAUACCACUCGCUUUGCCGAGCUGAUGAUGUCAUCCGGCCUCGUCUGCAAUGACGCUGUCACUUACAUCACCUUUCACAGUGGCUAUGACUUUGGGUACCUGAUCAAGGCUCUCAAGGGCUGUGAUCUUCCCGGGACGCUCGGUGAAUUCCAUGAAUUGCUCGGUGUUUUGUUCGGGAACAAGGUUUAUGAUGUGAAACACUUGAUGAAAUUCUGUUCCAAUCUCCAUGGUGGGCUGGACCGUGUUGCCAGUAUGCUCGAGCUAAACAGGACGGUUGGGAAAUGCCACCAGGCUGGAUCAGAUAGCUUGCUUACUUGGAGUGCAUUUCAGAAGAUAAAGAAGGCUUAUUUUGAGGACAGAGAUGCUCUUACUGAGAAGUAUGCUGGCGUUCUUUAUGGGUUAGAGACUCUCUCUCCUUAGACUCUCUAGAUGUAGAGUCAUGGGUUGAAAAUUUCCCUGUUGAUCUGUACAAUCCAUUUGGUUAAUAUAUUUAAAAAAAUAUUAAUUUCUAGUUGAUUUUUUCUAUGUUUGAUCCUGCAUUUUGUAUAUUCGCAUACUAGUUAGUGCCCU